AUGGAGAACAACAGUUACAACGUCGCAACUAUAAACAUAAACACAAUAACCAAUCCCACCAAACUAAACGCACUUCAUAGUUUUCUACGAACGUUGGAUAUCGACAUUGUUUUCCUACAGGAGGUUGAAAACGAGCAACUCUCGCUACCUGGUUAUAAUGUAAUAUGCAAUGUUGACCACGCGAAAAGAGGGACAGCUAUUGCCUUAAAAGAACACAUUCAGUUCUCCAACGUUGAAAAAAGCCUCGACAGUCGCCUCACAUCGCUGCGUAUAAAUAACACAACCUUGUGCAAUAUAUACGCCCCAUCUGGUACGGCUAUGAGAGCUGAACGAGAAAGGUUUUACAACAACACACUAGCAUACUACCUUCGGCACCCGACUGAGCACGUGAUCCUGGCAGGAGAUUUUAACUGCGUACUUCGGCAAUGUGACGCAACUGGUAGCAACACGAGUCCCGCUCUGCAAGCUACCAUACAACAGAUGCAGCUACAUGAUGUGUGGGUAAAGCUAUGUCCACAAGUACCCGGUUACACAUACGUAACACACAACUCGUCUUCAAGGCUCGAUCGUUUUUACAUCAGCCCGAGUCUUCUUAACCAUCUGAGGAACGCAAAUACUCACGUGUGCUCGUUCACGAACCACAAGGCUGUCACGGUGAGAAUAUGUCUCCCUCAUCUCGGGAGAGAACCUGGUCGCGGCUAUUGGUCUCUCCGCCCACACCUUCUGACGACUGAAAACAUUGACGAAUUCAAAAUCAAAUGGCAGUACUGGACUCGCCAACGUCGGAAUUUCCAAUCAUGGACAGAAUGGUGGCUAAAAAUCGCCAAGCCAAAAAUAAAAUCAUUUUUUCGAUGGUUAUCGAAGCUGGCGUUUGACGACUUUCAUCGUGAACACCAGCGAUUAUACAAUCAACUUCGCAGAGCGUACGAUUGUUACUACCAAAAUCCGAGUAUGUUAAAAACGAUCAACCAGCUUAAAGCACAAAUGUUGGUGCAUCAGCGGAAAUUCACUCACAUGUUCGUCCGCAACAACGAAACGUACAUUGCAGGAGAACCGAUGUCUACAUUCCAAUUAGGUGAGAGAAGAAAAAAAAGAACGAUCAUCACGAAACUGCAGACUGAGAACGAUAAUAUGCUAGAACGCUCCGAAGACAUCGAGCAGCACAUGUUGGAAUACUUCCGAAAAAUGUACGCAACGGACGAAACACCAAACGAUCGUGACACAGACUUCGUUAGCAACAGGGUGAUACCUGAAAACGAUGAAGCGAACAAUGUUAGCAUGAGAGAGAUAACGACGGCAGAAAUUUUAGCAGCAAUUAAAACGAGCGCCCCGAAAAAAUCUCCAGGUUCCGACGGACUACCGAGAGAGUUUUACUUGCGAACGUUUAAUGUGAUACAUAGAGAACUCAAUCUCGUGAUGAACGAGGUUUUACAAGCAAACUUCACGGCCGAAUUCGUGGACAGUGUCAUAGUGCUCGUCAAGAAAAAAAAGACAGACCGAAUCGCACAGCUGAUCGUUCGUAAACAGAGAGCCAAAUUAAUCUCGUUCGACUUAGACCACGCGUUCGAUCGGGUGAACCGAAAAUUCCUAUUCGGUAACAUGUGCUCACUCGGUAUCAACCCAAGAUUAGUAGCAUUACUCGAACGUUUAGCUGAAUUGACGUCGUGUCGGCUAAUAGUAAACGGACAUAUUUCGGUACCCUUCCCAAUACAACGAUCUGUCGCCCAAGGAAACCCCCUGUCGUCUCUAUGUUUCUCGCUCUACAUUGCCCCACUACUACUGCAACUCGAACGUAUCUGUGGAACUGAUCUAAUUGUGGCUUAUGCCGAUGAUAUUACUGUCAUUGCUACUAGUGUGGAAAAAAUCGAGAGAAUACGCAAUGUGUUUACACGUUUCUCUCAAGUGUCUGGAGCAGUACUCAACCUCGCGAAAACAGCAUCUAUUGAUGUAGGGCUUAUUGAUGGAAGAUGUCUGGCCGUACCAUGGCUACGGACAGAGAAUACGGUAAAGGUACUGGGUGUGACGUACGCCAAUUCGAUCCGACUGAUGACUAAACUUAACUGGGAUGACGCGGUGAAAAAACUUACACAACUCCUGUGGUUACAUUCGAUGCGAACUCUUACACUACUACAAAAAGUAGCAUUACUGAAUACGUUCGGUACAUCCCGAAUUUGGUAUCUUGCGUCCACCCUACAUCCGUCAAAUGCGCACAUAGCUAAGAUAACCUCAAUCAUGGGCACAUUCCUGUGGCGAGGAUACAUAGCCAGGAUACCAAUGCAGCAGCUCGCUCGUGAUCGUAACCAAGGCGGGCUAAAACUUCAGCUUCCGGUGUUCAAAUGCAAAUCGCUUUUGAUUAAUCGUCAUCUAAAAGAGAUCGAUUGUAUGCCGUUUUACAAAUCUUUUCUAGAAAACAUAUCUCGACCAAACACUUCACCUGCCGACUGCCCCUGUCUCAAACUGAUUCAACAGCAACUGCAAAACCUACCCUUAGAAAUUCAGCAAAAUUCAUCCACCGAUA